CCACCUGGUUGAUUGGCCGAAUUUUUAUUUUAGUCCAACAAACGCGUCGCAGAUGAAUUUGUAUUUCGUAAAAACGCAUAAAACCAGCUCUUCCGUGUCCGUGCUGCAGCGAAAAAUGUUUAAUAAUGUGCAGUGAAACGGUAAAUUUAACAAAAAUUAAUGAAUUCAACUGCAAUCUGGCAAUUGCGCGACUCCGCUUCGUCUAUGUGCAAUUGGCUGCUGGGAGAGCGAAUGUGUAGACAUGAAAUAAAAGCAAAAAUUUACAACGAACUGCGAAAAGCAGCAGCAACAGCAGCGGCAGCAGCGCACCCAACAGCAACGUCAGCUUCGUUGGGACGGAUGGUCGCUGCUUGGUCGGGCGGUCGAUGCUAAUAAUUUCUCCGGGGGCUCUCGCGCAUCUGGUGCUCCGCUGGACAAAGUGCGAAAAGAAAGUAUAUACAGUGAGUGUGCGAGUGUGCGGCUGUGUAUAUGUGUGUGUGUGUGUGUGUGCGUGCGUGCGUGCAUGCGAUUUAUUUAUGUUGUUUAGCAACGAAAUCAAACGAAUUAGUUUAAGAAUGUUUGUGUGCAAAUAUUAAUUAUAAGAAACGCAAAAGUGCUAAAAUGUUUACCAAGAAAUCCCACGCGGAUGUUAAAAAGUCGACGGCCAAGCUGCAAGAUUGCAAAAAGGAUUCGGCCUCCCGCCUGCGCCACCUGCGCACAAUAUUAGAUAAUGUGGAUUAUGAGGAGUCAAAGUCGCUGUUCGAGACAAAUUAUAGCCAUGUCUAUUUUAUACUCUACGACACCUUCAUUCAGGCCGAGGCAAAUCUUAAGCAAAAAGAACUUCCGUUUCACAUUGUGCACAAAGCGCAUCGCGAGGAACUGGAUGGUUCGCUAUGGCUGCUGGAGAAGAUACUGUGCCUGUUGCCGGAGCUGUUGGCUCGCCGCUGGCAAUGCCACUCGCUCAGCCGCAUCAUGGCCAAGCUGCUGCACUUGGGCAAUUCGCCCAAGCUGCGACGCGAGGGUGUGAAAUACUUUCUGCUGUGGUACCAGACUCUGGGCGACAAUGCGCCAGGCUAUGUGCACGCCAUGUACGCGGAUUUGAUACCCGGCCUGAUUGUGCCACAGAAGGGCAUUGUGGGGCCCGAUACGGAGUUCAGUGCUACGGAUUUUCUCACACAUCCCAACAUGAAGGCAGACGGCGGCAUGGCCUCCGUUUUCCAUGACAAUACGUUCUCACAUCCCGUGCAGAGCUCUGAGGUGGUUGCACUGCUGCCGCCCUCGUCCAGCGAGAAGUCAGCGCCACCGGAUCCACGCGAUGGACUGGAAAUAUUACUCAAUAGCAUGGUGCAAACGGCCGCCUGUCUGCGCUGGCGCGACAAUCGUGCCCAGAAGGAUCAUCGAGCGUUUGCAUUUCUAUUGCAGCGCUUCAAGGACGUAUUUCUGCCUGUCUUCUCGCCCAGCUUUGAUGCGAGCACUUCGAUAUACAAUCCCCGCUUGGAGAUGCCUGUCAUGCGUUCGAUACACAAAAAAGAGGAGGUUAUGGCCUCCUGCGUGGUGGUGCUCAUCAAUUGGGUAUCACGCUUCACACACGAGCGUCUGCUUAGCCACCGCCUGGACUGUGCCCUGCACAUCGAGGGCGUGGAUCAUGCGCGGCUGCUGGGCUAUCAGCAGGGCCUCAUUGUGCGCGAUGUGUUCUAUGUGAGCCGUGAGAACAUCAACUUUGUGCACGAGGUCUAUCGGCAGGCGUUUCUGUUGAACUUCACAUCAAAAGCGCAAAUCGAGUCUAUACGCACGGCCAUUGCUGUCUAUCGGGAUUGGAUGACGGGCAGCACACCGCCACCAUUUCUGCUGGAGCCAAAUGAUGAACAACAGGGCGCACCGACGGCGCCGCCUGGUGGCACGCCGCGAAGCCAACGCUUGCGCACGCCCUCCUACGUGGGCGCCAUGCAGGGCAACAGGGAGCAGCAGCAGGUGGUGCGUGCGGGCAUGCAGAAUGUGCUGCAGGUGUUUGUUACCAAUGCGGCGAAUGUGUUCCUUGUAAAUACGGCAAAUCUGAACAUAUGCUUUCCCACACGCUCGCGGGAUUAUCGAUCGACGCCGCUGCAGGAGCAGACGGAGAUAUGCAAGAAGGUACUAAACGUGUAUCGCACCAUGGUGAUGAACACACGCAUGGAGUCGCGCACGUGGGAACAAAUGCUGCUUGUGCUGCUGCAGGUGACCGCCGUUGUGCUGCAUCAGAAUCCGCCGCCCAGUGGCUCCAAGAGCGCCAGCCUGGGCGGCAUUCUCGGCUCGGCCAUAUUUCAAACGCUUAUCGUAACCUGGAUACGGGCGCACACCAAUGUGCCCGUUAAUGUGAUGCUCUGGGAGAAGUUUCUCACCGUUCUACAGUCGCUGACGCAUCGCGAGGAGCUCAUCGUCGAGUGGAGUAAGACGAUACAAACAUUGACGCGCGUCUUUUCGCGCUAUACCUAUGGAAUUAAUCUGCUAGAUUUGCCGCUGGACCGUGUGGCCGAGAGUCGUGGCAAGCGGCGACGCAUUGGCAGCGUCUGGCAGGGAUCGGGCAGUGCCAGUGCCAGCGGGGCCAGCGUGGCGACCAGCGCGCUCCACCGCGAGCGUGAAAGCAUCGCCGAAUCUAAUAGCAGUCGCUCCGAUGAGAACUCGCAGGCGGGCGGCAAUAGCCAGGCGCCGUUGCUGCAGCCCAACAAUCGCACCCAUCACCAGCACUCGCAAUCACAUGGCGGCACCGGCCAUGGUGUACGUCCUGUGCCGCUUACCCCAAUGCUGAGUCGCAGCUAUAGCGAGGGCAGCCUGGCGUCGGCGGCGCGCAACUCACGUAUACGCCGACGACGACCCGUGCCGCCUAAGACAGACGCCGCGGCAGCUGGCAUACGCGCUACUUUGGAGGCGCAGAGCACUGUCCAGGAUAUGCGCCGCGCCAUGUCGUUGGAUUCGCUAGCGCCCAUACGCAAAAGUCGGCGGCGUCGCGGCUCACAGCAGGCGGUGGACGAUGUGGAUGGCUAUCAGGAUGCGGUGGAGGACACUGAAAGUGGAGCCGGUUCGCGCAGUCCAUCGCCCACGGCCAGCAGCGGCAUUGAAGGCGGCUCCAUUAAGGAUGCCCAGCUGCAGAUCGAUGUGCUAGCCGCGGACUCGGGCAGCCUGGAGGAUGGCAAUUCCGGCAGUUUUGGCACCGGUGGCUAUGGAUCUGAGCGUCGCUCGAUUAUGCUCGGCGGCACGGCCACCGGCUGGCUGCCCGACUCCACGUCCAUUAUGUGGAAACGCAUGCUGGGCGCCUUGGGCGAUGUGAAUCGCAUACCUAAAUCGGAGCUGCAUGCGCAAGUGUUUAAGCAUCUGCUGGAGAUGACCCAAAACCUCAUCAAGAUCAAACAGAAUCAGGGCAUCUCGACGGAUAACCAAAGUACACCACCGCCGCCGCCGCUGGUGCCGCCCAUUGCUGUGGUAGCACCUUGGUGCUACGGCGCUCUCACCCUGGAUCGUUCCUUCAAAAAGGGCAAACUGUGGGCGCUGCAGUUGCUCUGCUCGUUGGCGCUGCAGGGUGCCAUUGGAAUGCAACAGCUGCCGCUGUUUUAUCAUGCGCUGCAUCAGCUGCUCACCGGCGAGGAUCGGGAUCUGAUCUAUGCCAUUAUGAAGCAUUUGGAGGGGCCGCGUUUGCUGAGUCUACUGCUGCCGGGGCACACGUUGCUGCUGCUGGAUCUGGUGCAUGCCAGCGCCAUAUUGUUGACCUCCCUUGAGGUUACACGCACAACGCCGCGCGCUGAGGUGGCCGCCCUGUUGGGCUCGCUGCUGGCAUAUCCCGCAACGCUGCUGCCGCGGCCCGUGCUGCAGCCAACGCCGCAGCAAUUUGAACUGAUGGAAUGUCCCGAUCUGCAGGAUCAUAUACUCAACAUAAUGCUGCGCUGUGCACGUCGCGAACCCUCGGCCAAGGCGCGCUGCAUUGCGCUCUGCCAGCUGGGACAGUGGCUGCUGUUGCGUCUCUCCCAGCCCACACGCAACGCUCAGCAGCGUGUUCCAUUUCAGCAAUCGGUGCCGCAUCCCAAGGAUGUGCUGCCGCCAAAGGAAUCGCAUGCGCACAGCUUUCAUCCGCGCAUACGGGAGGUGCUGCAGGUGCUGCUCCAGGCUCUACAAUUCAAGCAUCACACCAUCGCUGUCAUCGCAGUGGAUGCGCUCAAGUUGUGCGCGGAGCGCGGACGUCAACUGGCGGCCAUUGAACGUGUGCCGCACCUGAUUAUAACGGCACUGUGUCGUGCCUUGGAUAUACAGAACGUGUCCAAGCCCAAGGAUGCAGACAAGGUGGUGCUGACAUCGCUGAUGCUCUGCCUCGGCGAGUUCUGCAUGGCCAUACCAGCUACCCUGAUGCUGACGCCCUACAAUGACCAGGGCGAUACGCUGGUGCUGCAGGUGCUGCGCGUCCUGCUCCAGGUGGCAUCCGGUGCGCCGCGUCACGAACGCGUCAAACUGACCUCGGAUGAGGAUUUCGAUAUGCACAUUGCCAGCGAUGAUCUGCAGGGCGAUGGACGCCUGCCGGAGGCUAACUAUCAAACAUCGGAGACGAUACAGGCCUGCAUCUCGGCCAUAAGGCUGUGCGCCCGAGCGGUUGCUAUGCAUCUGGUUACGCAUCUGGGCCACUUUCCCAUGGGCAUUGGUGCAUCACGCCUGAGCUCCAUGGUGGAGGAGCAGGAUGAUAUUGUCGGCAAUGGCGCCAGCGGCGCCGGCGGCAGCCAGCUGGAGCGUCGUGACUCCAUGGAGCUACCCUCGGUGGUCAAUGCACAGAAUCUGCAGCUUUUCAUGCUUAACUCGGGCCUGGUAGCCAGUUUUAUAGAGCUGCCCACGUUGAAGUUGCCUGGUGGUGGCAUUACGGCUGGCUUGGUUACCGCCGAGAAGCAGGUGCGUGUGCUCAUGCGCGAUCUGAAUGGCAAAGCCUGCUGGGAUGCCUCCAUACUGUAUUCGGAGCCGCGCAAGGCUGAAACUGUGCCAGCGCCCGCGCACGCCCAGUACAGCUCGGAACGCUACGAUGGACCGUCGCGGCUGACAAAGCUGUGUCAGCCGAUGGAUUCGUUAGCGCACCAGGACCCGCAAUUGCCGCGACACACACUGCGGCAUCGUCCAGUCGGUGUGUUGCCGCUGGCCAAGGAUGCGGCGCCCGAUUUGGAUCAGCUGGACGAUAUGCUGGCCUAUAUUGGUCACACCAGUCCGGAAUGUGUGCCACCCACGGUCGCCGAACUGAAUGCGCCCAGCUGCAGUCCAUUGAGCAGCGCCCAGGAGGCGCAGGCCAUAUCAAUCAUACUCAAUCAGCGUGUGCUGGAACAGGAGUUUGUUGCUCGCCAAUCACAACAGACGCCCACGGCUGCUUCGUUGCGGCAUGCGGGCUCCAGUUCAUCCCUGCUGCAGCAGCAACCGGAUCAACGUUCGCUGCACAGUGCAACCGCUUCGUUUGACUCGUUCACGGGCGCCGGCGGCAGUGGUAGUUUGCCGGGUCGUGUCGAGACGCCAUUUCAAUACUGUCGCCUGCUCUUUGCCCAUCUGGGCCUGGCCGGCUGGGAACGACGCUCACGCACCCAUCUGCUGCAGCGCAGCGAGAAAUUGUUGCGCGAGCUGCGCAACGUUGAUUUGCAAAAGUGCCGUGAAACGCACAAAAUGGCUGUCAUUUAUGUGGCCGCCGGGCAGGAGGACAAGACGAGCAUCUUGCGCAACACCAAUGGCAGCAGCAUGUACGAGAUGUUCGUUUCGGCGCUCGGCUGGGAGAUAGAGCUGGAGACGCACAAUGGCUUUCUGGGCGGCUUGCCGCGUCAGGGUUGUGGCGCUACGGCGCCAUAUUAUGCUACGCCCUUUUUGGAGGUUGUCUAUCAUGUGGCAACGCGCAUGCCCUCAGACUCAUCGGAGGCCAUGCUGCUGAAGACGCGUCAUCUGGGCAACGAUGAGGUGCAUAUUGUCUGGAGCGAGCAUCAUCGCGACUACAGACGCGACAUUCUGCCAACGGAGUUCUGCGAUGUGCUCAUCGUUGUCUAUCCUCUGCGUAAUGGACUGUUUCGUGUGACGGUCAAUCGGAAGCCGGAGGUGCCCUGGUUUGGGCCACUUGCCAAUGAGUCAGUCGUCAGUGGCGCCUGCUUGGCCACGCUCAUACGAGCGACGGCCAUCAAUGCGAGUCGCACCAAGCGCGCCGCCCUGCCGCUCUACCAGCAAUUCUAUGAGGAGCGCAAUCGCUCGCUGGACAGCGUCUCGUCGCGCUACAAGGAGAGCACUACAUUCGAGGACUUUGCCAGUCGCAUUUACAAUCCAAUGCCGUUGUCGACGCUAAGCACAUUGCGUGAGUCGAAUGCGAGUAGUUCUGGCGCGCCCCUUGCAGCCGCUUUAAUUGAUCCCAAUCGCGCCUCUGUCAAAGGCUGGGUACAGGCAUCCAUUGAUGUGGCGCCGCCGCUUGGCAUAGCGCCCUCCGCCUCAGCUGGCUCCACAGCGGCCAUGGAGGCCAAUUCCAAUAGCAGCAUAAGCUCUGCAUCGCCACGUGGUCCACGCAAGCUGGGUCCGCCCUUCAAGGGCGUUACCAAGAAGCACUCACUGCAACAUAUUGUCGUGGGCGGCAGUUCCGGUGGCAGUGCGGCUGGCGGCGAUACACCACCAGAGAGUCCCACGCUGCCGCUGCGUCGCAUCAAAUAGACUAUAACACGCACUGGCUAUAGCUGCAACAACAACAACAAAUACUACUACUACUACCACAACUACUACUACUACUAUAUAAUACCAUCCCCUAACUCAACUCAUUCCCCGCUGCAAGCAAGCCUGUCCAAGGCGGCUACUGGAAUAGCCAUCGCGGAGUUCUAUUGAAACAUGAAUAGUAUUUGCAAAUCACACACGCAUACACACACGUUUCCUGUUAUGUUUUUAUAAAUUUCCUAUAUAUUUCCUAUUUAUAUUGUAAUUUAUUUCACUCAUUUCGUUGCUAAUUUAGUCUAACUUAUCACUGUAUUUAACUAUUUAUUUGCCAAAAUUCCAAUUCCCUAAACUGCAAAGCGCACUGGAAUUACAAGAGUUAGGUAUUAAUUCAUAAAAUUGUUCGAUUCAAAAGCAAUUCCAUGUUACUUGCGUCCACUCAAAUCUAAUUAUGCAAAUUUAAUCUAAUAACAUUAUUGAUUUUAAUUAAUUUUAUAUAGUUUGAGCUUUACCCAUAUGAGUGCAUAAUUUAUAUUACAAUUUAUAAUUAACUCGAUUUUAUUAUUCGCACAGCUUUGUUUGUUGUAGUUUUGUUUAACAUGCACUAACAUAUUUUUUUUUUUUUUGAUGAAUCAGGGAGUUCCCAGGACUCGUUCAAGUUCGAUCUAUAUAUAUGUUAUAUAAUUGCAUUAUUUCAAUGUUUGAUUUAUAGAUUCGUAGAAUUCGUUGAUAAAAGCAACAAAAUCAAAAUUUAUUUAUACAUUUUACAAUUCGAGAAUCCAUAUUAAAUCAAGCAAGAUUUACUCGUAGUAUUAUAUGUAGUCGAGCUCUAUGUAUAGACAAUCUAGCUAAUAAGUAUCCAAAAGUGAGAGUCGAUCUAUCGAUUCACAAUUGUUCAAACAAUCGGGUUUUAAUUAUAUAUGUAUAUGUAAUAUUAUAUGCAACAAAUUGUUAAAGAAAUGCGAACACUUUUUACUAUAUUGUUCGGCGAAUAAUUUCAACAAA